CCCCGGCAGCCGCGAGCUGCUCACUUGGCUCGCGCCCUCCGGCCGGGAAGGAUGGAGCUGCUCCGGCUCGUCUGCGCCUUCUUGCUCGCCGCCUGCUGCUGCAGUCGCCGCGCCGCGGGUGUGCCUGGCGAGGCAGAGCGGCCUGUGCCUGAGCUGGUGGAGGUGGAAGUGGGCAGCACGGCCCUUCUGAAGUGCGGCGCCUCCCACUCCCAAGGCAACCUCAGCCACGUGGACUGGUUUACUGUCCAUAAGGAGAAGCCGACACUCAUCUUCCGUGUGCGCCAGGGCCAGGGCCAGAGCGAACCUGGGGAGUACCAGCACCGGCUCAGCCUCCAGGGCAGAGGGGGCACUCUGGCCCUGACUCAAGUCACCCCCCAUGAUGAGCGCAUCUUCCUGUGCCAGAGCAAGCGCCCUCGGUCCCAGGAGCACCGCAUCCAGCUCCGUGUCUACAAAGCUCCGGAGGAGCCGAACAUCCAGGUCAAUGUCUUGGGCAUCCCUGUGAACAGUGAGGAGCCCGAGGAGGUUGCUACCUGUGUGGGGAGGAAUGGCUAUCCCAUUCCUCAAGUCAUCUGGUACAAGAACCGUCGGCCUCUGAAGGAGGAGAAGAACCGGGUCCACAUUCAGUCGUCCCAGACCGUGGAGUCGAGUGGGUUGUACACCUUGCAGAGUGUUCUGAAGGCGCAGCUGGUUAAGGAGGACAAAGACUCCCGGUUUUACUGUGAGCUCAACUACCGGCUGCCCAGUGGGAACCACAUGAAGGAGUCUAGGGAAGUCAGUGUUCCCGUUUUCUACCCGACGGAGAAAGUGUGGUUGGAAGUGGAGCCCAUGGGAGUGCUGAAGGAAGGAGACCACGUGGAAAUCAGGUGUCUGGCGGAUGGCAACCCCCCGCCCCACUUUAGCAUCAGCAAGCAGAACCCCAGCACCAGGGAGAUGGAGGAGCAGAGAAUCAACGACAGCGGGGUCCUGGUCUUGGAGCCCGCCCAGAAGGAACACAGUGGGCUCUAUGAAUGUCAGGGCCUGGACUUGCAAACCAUGGCAUCGCUGCUGAGUGAACCGCAGGAGCUGCUGGUGAACUAUGUGUCUGAUGUCCGAGUGAGUCCCACAGCCCCUGAGAGCCAGGAAGGUGGCAGCCUCACCCUGACCUGUGAGGCAGAGAGUAAUGAGGCCCUUGAGUUCCAGUGGCUCAGAGAAAAGACAGGCCAGGUGCUGGAAACAGGGCCUACGCUCCAGUUACACAACUUGAAGCGGGAGGCAGGGGGAGGCUACCGCUGCGUGGCCUCCGUGCCCAGCGUCCCCGGCCUGAACCGCACACAGCUGGUCAACGUGGCCAUUUUUGGGCCCCCGAGGAUGGCGUUCAAGGAGAGGAAGGUGUGGGUGAAAGAGAAUGCAGCGUGGAAUCUGUCUUGUGAAGCGUCCGGACAUCCUCGGCCCAUCAUCUCCUGGAACGUCAACGGCACGGCAAGUGAACAAGAGCAGGAUCCUCAGCGUGUCCUGAGCACCCUGAACGUCCUCGUGACGCCAGAGCUGUUGGAGACAGGCGCGGAAUGCACGGCCUUGAACUCCCUGGGCAAAAACACCACCAUCUUCUUCCUGGAGCUGGUCAGUUUAACCACCCUCACACCAGACUCCAGCAAAACCACUGGCCUCAGCUCUUCCACGGUCAGUCCUCAUGCCAGAGCCAACAGCACCUCCACAGAGAAGAAGCUGCCAGAGCCGGAGAGCAAGGGCGUGGUCAUCGUGGCUGUGACCGUGUGCAUCCUGGUCCUGGCCGUGCUGGGCGCCGUCCUCUAUUUCUUCUACAAGAAGGGCAAGCUGCCGUGCGGGCGCUCAGGCAAACAGGAGAUCACGCUGCCCCCGUCUCGUAAGAGCGAAUUUGUAGUUGAAGUUAAGUCAGAUAAGCUCCCAGAAGAGAUGGGCCUCCUACAGGGCAGCAACGGUGACAAGAGGGCUCCAGGAGACCAGGGAGAGAAAUACAUCGAUCUGAGGCAUUAGCCACUGAAUCACGUUCAGCUCCCUUCCCUGCCUGGAACGUUCCCAGCUCCCUGCUCACUCUUCUCCCAGCCGAAGCCUCCAAAGGGACUGCAGAGAAGACCCCUGCUCCAGCUCACCUGCAGACCUUUUCAGAGGGCCAGUGAGCUAGGGCCAGAGCUGUCCUGAGAAGGACGUCACCCUGGAGGCCCCGUUUCCAGGGACCAAUCCACUAUGUCUCCAUUUAUUGAGGGAAGCUCACCCCAAGGAGGGGGCCUCAGUCUCUCGGGUAGGAGAGUUUCUUGCAGAACGUGUUUUCUCUUUACACUACACAUAUGGCUGUAAAUACCUGUCUUCCACCAGCAACUGAGCUGGAUGGCCUCUGCGACCUGGCUCCCUGCCCCAAAGGCCGGCUGCGGUAAUUCAGUCGCACCACUCACGGGAGGAUGCACGCGAGCCCAGGCACCUGCCGCUUACACUGCUCUGGAGAGCAGCCCCGCAGGGUCUAGAAGCAGCUGCAGUAUUGCUGCUGCCACCUUCCUGUCUGCCUCUCCAGAGACUCUUUUGUGAUUUUUUCAUUGGGCAGAAGCCAGGAACUGGUGACAUUCCUUAAAAGAUUUGUCCCUGCAGUGAGGAAGCCGGGCACUGGUUUUGAGUCAAGGCGAAUGAGCCCGAGCCCCUUGUAGUCACUUGGCUACCAGUGGCCUUUCAAAAGGUCACUAAGACUGAGAGGUGGGGGUAAUAGACAAAGAUGAAAUCCAGACUGUCCUUUAUGGGGAAUAAGGCCGCAGUUAUGUUAGCACCAAACUUCUACAAACAGAGCUAAUGGGCCCAGACCCUAGAAGGGCCCAAAUGGGAGAAUGGUACUUAGGGAUGAGAAACAGGAAACUGGCUAGAGCUUUGGGGGUGGUGUGUGUGUGUGCGCGCGCACGUGUGUGUCUG